AUGGGAGCUGCAAACACUACAGCAACAAUCAAGCUAUGGAAAUCUCCAAUUCCUUUCCUUUUUGGCAGCUUGGCCAUAGUUUUAUUGUUGAUAGUCGUCUCAUUGGUCAUGCUGGUGUGCUCAUGUAGGAAGAACUCUGCUAAUUCACCAGAGGAUACGGAAGAAAAACCACCAGAAAACAUCAUCUCUGUGCUUGAUGCUGAGCCAAAGAUUCUUGUGAUCAUGGCUGGCAACGACAAGCCUACGUACGUGGCCACCCCGGUUACUUCUUCAGUUUAUCGUUGUGAGCAAGUAUAA